AUGAUAGCUGCUGAAGACAUAAUCACUUUGCGCCUCAAACAACGGCUGUCUUCCUACCAAGAAGAAUUGGAAAGUCUCACUAGCCUGAAGCAGAAAAAAGAAAGAGUCUUGGAUGCAGGAAUAAUAAAAAUUGAGGGACAAAUUGAGUUGACUCAAGAUAGAAUCCGUGAUACUGAAUUCUUAAUGGCAGAUGUAAAGGGUCAAAAGGUGAAGCAGAUGAUAAAACGCAAGGCUAAAUCAUUAUUUGAAGAAAAUAGAGUUAAAAGAAGGAAGAUCUCUUCACAAGGAAGACCGUCUUUGCUGGACAGCGAAGAUGAAGAAUUUGUUGCAAAAUGCAUAGAAAACAAGGCCACAUACCACGGUCGUCGACAUGACACCGUUACGUACACAAACAAGAGAGUGAAAAAAAGUGACCAUCUUGAUAUUGCCAACUAUAAGCUUUUACAAAGAAGAAAACAAGCGAUUAGAUCUGCCAACACCGUUUACAAUCGAUCACGACCUAGAAAUAUUAGAUCUUUGCAAGCACGGCGACAUUGUGGGAAAGGCCUUUUUUGCUUCAAAAAGCGCCCCCUAAAGCAGAGGACAAUGAUAACGAGAAUACACACUUACAAAGAGGCCACAUUAGAAACAUCAAGUUGUCUUUCUUUUCUAACAAUAUAGACACGCAAACCCGCAACUGCUGCUUCAUGCGCAGCACUGAUGACAAAGCUUAUGUAUAAGUCCUGGUACAUCGAAGGGAUUUGAAAAUAGCAGGAAUGUCAGAAUUUUGACCCUUACUGAUGUUAAUCGAGCACGAGCGUUACCGAAGUAUGACUGGCCCGAAAAGCUAGUGUAUAUUACUCCAGCUGCACACCGUAUAUUUACUAAGAAAGGCUCGAUUAAAGAUGACGAGGAGAUUGACAUUAGAGACAGACGAAGAUCAUAA